CCUAUCUUAUAUAUAAGUAGAUGAGUAGAAAAAUAUAAUUGGAUAAUCAGUUUGAAACAUAACCCUGAGACUUGUUUUUGAAAGAGCGCAAAUUAAUAGAGCUUUUAUCACUUCAUUUCAAGUUUCAAACAAUCACGGACUAAUCGUUGUGAACAGUAACUAGUAAUGGUUACUUCACUCACAUGGUUUCCUGCAAUCUGCAAACCCUAUCUUUCCUGCAAUCUGCAAUCCUUAUCUUUCCUGCAAACCUUAUCUUUCUUGCAAUCUGCAUUCCUUAUCUUUCAUGCAAUCCCUAUUUUAUGUAAAAUAUACCUACAAACUAUGAAGACCGGACUCAGACACGGAUAUGGGACAUGGACAAGGACAUGAGGACCCCGCUAAGGUAAAAAAUAUAGGAUUAGGACACAUCUAUAUAUAUUUUAUAUGUUAAUAUAAUGAUGCAAUUUAUGAGCAUAAUUUAUAAAGAGUUUAAGUUGAGAUGAAAAAUUUGUGUUUAUUUAAACUUAGCACUUUCAAUAAAAAAAAGAUAAAUCAACCAAACAAAAUGAUACAAAUUAUAUCAUAGUCACUCCAUAUUAAAAAAACCAUUAUCAAAAUCUCACUCAUCCAAGACAAGUUAUUAGAAAUUCACUGUAUCAUCUAAUGAAUAAAACUCAUCUCCGACGACAUCCCAAAUUUUAAUUUCCUCUUAAUUAAAUUGGGGGAUGCUCCUCGAUGUGGUGCCACCUUUUUUAUCUUUGAAGAAUUGAUAAAUAAUUACGUGCUUUAAUUUCUUUCAACGAAAAAGGAUUUGUAAUUGUGUUGUUUUUAUAGUGUGGAAGUGGAUUAUGAAAGAUAAAAAUCCCUUUUUUUAUAAAAUUUUGAAUAUUUUUUAGCUGAUUAUUUUUUUAAUUAUUCGUAUCCUUUAUUUGAAAUAAGGUGUCGUAUCUGUGUCGGUUGUGAUUGAAAUUUUAUUUUUUCAUUGGACAUUUCAAAAACGUGUAAGAUAUAUGUCGUUCGCAUGUGGUACACAUAUCCGUGUCAGACACGUGUCUGACAUCACGACACACCGUGUGAAUGACGUAUCGAAGCUUCAUAGUCUAAAAACACUCUCAUAUAAUGGAAGUGUUUUGUGGGAAAACCAGAAAGCAAAACACUCAAAACAUGGGAGACAUAUAUUCAGCUUACAUACUAUCCACAGAACACCGUCCCAACUUCUCUACCUUUGUCGAAGUUGAUGAAAUUCCAAUCAUCGACCUCUCAGAAACUAGCCAAGAAAACCUAGUCUCAAAGAUUGGCAAGGCAUGUGAAAAAUGGGGAUUCUUCCAAGUAAUCAAUCAUGGAAUUGCCUCCGAUCUAAUCAUAAAGGUUGAUAAUGAGGCCAAAAAGUUUUUUGAACUAAGUAUGGAGGAAAAAAAGAAACUGAAAAGAGAUGCAUGUAAUGCAACGGGGUAUCAUGAUGCUGAGCAUACUAGGAAAACAAGGGAUUGGAAAGAAGUGUUUGAUUUUCUUGUUAAAGAUGGAAUACAAACCCCUUCUUCUGAUGAUCCACAUGACUUGGGGCUAUGUACUCAAAAAAAUCGUUGGCCACAAUCCCUUCCACAUUUUAGGGAAAUAAUGGAGGAAUAUGGUGGGAAAUUAGAAAAGCUAUCAUACAGGUUGUUGGAGUUAAUUUCGUUGAGCUUAGGCUUAGCUGGUGACAAAUUCCUUGACUGCUUCAAGAACAAUCUAAGCCAAACGAGGAUCAAUUACUAUCCUCCAUGUCCUUUCCCUGAUUUGGCACUUGGUAAUGGUCCUCACAAGGAUCCUUGUGUCUUGACUGUGGUUGCACAAGAUGAUACCGGAGGCUUACAAGUUAAGAAAAAUUCAGUUGGUUGGGUUCCAGUUAAACCUAUUUCUGGUGCAUUUGUUGUCAAUCUGGGUGAUAUUCUUCAGGUUUGGAGCAAUGACAAGUAUGAUAGUGCAGAACACAGGGUGGUAGUAAACUCACAAAAAGAAAGGUUUUCCUAUCCAUUCUUCCUUUUUCCAGGUCCACAUAUUAUGGUGAAGCCUGCAGAAGAGCUAGUGAGUGAGAAAGAUCCUGCAAAAUACAAAGCAUACAAUUUUGGCAAAUAUUAUGCUAAUAGAACCCAUGCUGAUUUUGGCAAUCAAGACAUUGAGGGUAGAGAAAUUCAUCACUUCAAGAUUCUGGAUUAGCUAUUAAAAAAUAUUCAGCAUCUGUUUUGGAUUUUCUGUUGUUUUUCAUGUCCUUAUUCUCAUCAAAGACAUAAUAAAUUGAGCUCCCUUUUAUGAAAUCGUCGUAACACAUGUGUUGCAAAAUAAAAAAAUUCUUGUAAUGAAACUUGUCCUCUAAUUUAAAUAAAUGUGUGUUCCUUCUUUGUUUUUAA